UAGUGGUUUUGGAUAUUUUUUUUAUCUGUGUUACAAGAGACUGCUUUACUGCUUUAUGAAGCUGAAGAAUUGUCUCGCUGGGUGUCUAUAAAAUUCCUUUAGUGCACUCUUGCACUGGGAGCAGGAACAGCUUUCCUGUCAUUCAGGAUACACACUCACACAGUAUUCCGGACAUCAUGCCUCUGGGAUCUCGCUGUGGGAAACUUUGAGGAGGAGGAGUAUUCAGUGCAGGAGUCUGUGCUUGUGGGACAGUACACAAGUAUUGAACAGAAGUGGAUGUUUGAUGGUUUAAUCUUCUCUAAUCUUCCCCACUGGGAAGUGGUUUCACAGUGGAGUGGAUCUGAUCCUAACUCAACCCGUGAUGACUUUAACUUAAGCAGACAUGAAUGUCAGCAAGAGGACGCUUAAGUGAAGUUUCAGAUAAACAGAGUUGAACUCCACGAGAACUUCGCCUGCCAUUUAUCGGCACUGAUACCACGCCAAGAGGACUUGUUUCAAGUGCCGCCGAGUUAUCUUGCUGUCAGAGUGGGAACAAGCACCAUGGCUGGGGUUACUAGGAAGGGAUCUGGGAGACCCUCGUACUACUACAGAUUCCUGGGCAAAUCCCGACUGCAGCGUCAGCGAAGCCGGUCCCGCAGCCGCACCAGGCCGUCUGCCAGCAGGGAGUCUCCUCCAGAGAGGACAGGACGCCGACGCAGUAUGCCAGGGUCCUCAGACAAAAGCACACCCACCAUGGAGCCCACGACCACCGCCGCCACGCCUUUCAGAGUCACCGUGAGUACUGGCUUCCUCAGUCGACGGUUGAAGGGCUCCAUAAAACGCACCAAGAGUCAACCCAAACUUGACCGCAACUCCAGCUUCAGACACAUCCUCCCUGGCUUCAGGAGCGUUGACAAUGACAGAUCUCAUCUGAUGCCAAGGCUGAAGGAGUCUCGCUCCCAUGAGUCACUGCUCAGCCCCAGUAGCGCUGUGGAAGCCCUGGACCUAAGUAUGGAGAACGAGGUUAUAAUCAAGUCUGUUCACAGCAGCAUCCUCGGGCAGGACUACUGCUUUGAGGUCACUACCUCCACGGGAAGCAAAUGCUUUUCCUGCCGUUCAUCAGCCGAAAGAGACAAAUGGAUGGAGAAUCUGAGGAGAGCGGUGCAACCAAACAAGGACAACAGUCGGCGAGUGGAGAACAUGCUGCGGCUGUGGAUCAUCGAAGCCAAGGACCUGCCGGCCAAAAAGAAAUACUUGUGUGAGCUUUGUCUUGAUGACUCACUCUAUGCCCGCACCACCUGUAAGCUCAAGACUGAUAAUGUGUUUUGGGGAGAGCAUUUUGAGUUCAGUAACCUGCCUGCUGUCAAGAGCAUCACAGUCCACCUCUACAAAGACACAGACAAGAAGAAGAAGAAAGAUAAAAACAAUUUCAUUGGACUUGUCAAUAUCCCCGUCGCAGCCGUCACCGGACGACAGUUUGUGGAGAAGUGGUAUCCAGUGAGCACUCCCAAUCCCCCUAAGGGCAAGACAUCGGGGCCCAUGAUUAGGAUCAAGGCACGCUAUCAGAGUAUGGACAUUCUUCCCAUGGAGAUGUACAAGGAGUUUGCAGAGUACACCACCAAUAACUACAUGCUGCUGUGCUCGGUGCUGGAGCCCGGGAUUAGCGUCAAGAACAAGGAGGAGAUGGCAUGUGCUCUGGUCCACAUUCUACAGAGCACCGGCAAGGCCAAGGAUUUCCUCACCGAUUUGAUGAUUUCAGAGGUGGACCGCUGUGGGGAGAACGAGCACCUCAUCUUCAGAGAAAACACAUUAGCCACAAAGGCCAUAGAGGAAUACCUCAAACUGGUGGGGCAGAAGUACCUGCAGGAUGCACUCGGCGAGUUCAUCAAGGCUCUGUAUGAGUCAGAUGAGAACUGUGAGGUCGAUCCGUCCAAGUGCUCAUCCGGUGACCUGCCAGAACACCAGAGUAACCUGAAAAUGUGCUGUGAGCUGGCCUUCUGCAAAAUCAUCAACUCAUACUGUGUGUUUCCACGAGAACUGAAAGAGGUUUUUGCAUCAUGGCGGCAGGAAUACAGCAACCGUGGUCGACCAGACAUCAGUGAGCGUUUGAUCAGCGCUUCUUUGUUCCUGCGAUUUCUCUGUCCAGCCAUCAUGUCGCCUUCGCUGUUCAAUCUGAUGCAGGAGUAUCCAGAUGACCGCACGGCACGAACACUCACACUCAUUGCUAAAGUCACGCAAAAUCUGGCUAACUUCACCAAAUUUGGUAACAAGGAAGAGUACAUGUCCUUCAUGAACCAGUUCCUGGAACACGAGUGGGCAAAUAUGCAGCGCUUCCUGCUUGAAAUCUCAAACCCAGAGACAAUCUCCAACACAGCAGGCUUUGAGGGGUAUAUCGACCUCGGCAGGGAGCUCUCUACGCUGCACUCUCUUCUUUUUGAGGUGGUCUUCCAGAUGGACCAGAGUGCAGCCUCUAAGCUGGGGCCUCUGCUCAGGAUCCUGCGGGAGGUGAACACUGCCCUGUCUAACCCGUCCUGUGUCCAGAUGACACCCGGACAGUCCUCGGAGCAUAUGGGCUCGCCUCCUGCUGAGGCCGGCUGCAGCAUUUCCACUGGCCUGCAGAAGAUGGUCAUAGACAAUGACCUUUCAGGAUUGGUUGACUUCACCAGGUUACCUUCACCUACCCCAGAAAAUAAGGACCUAUUCUUCGUGACAAGGACCUCAGGGAUCCAACCCUCCCCUGCACGCAGUUCUAGCUACUCUGAGACUAAUGAGUCUGACGUGGGCAUGGCCAAUGGCAGCAAGAGUCUGUCCAUGGUGGACCUCCAGGACCCCCGCAGUCUGGAAGGUGGCUCAGGCCCCGGCUCUUCAGAUGCCCUGGGUGAGGGCCCAGGUUCGGGAGGAGGUUGGUCAGCGAGAGUCCCACAAGGCAACAUCCCUGGUGGUCCCACCUUGAGGAGGCCAGGCCAGACCCCCACCACUCCAGGCACAGAAGGCACUCCGGGCCGACCCGCCCAGCUGCUCGCCCCGCUGUCCUUCCAGAACCCAGUCUACCAGAUGGCGGCCUGCUUGCCCGUGUCCCCUCGCGGAAUGACCGACUCAGGCUCCGAGUGCCACAGCUCUGUUAGUUCCCAUAGCAACAACGAGGACGGGCCGCCGGGAGGGAAGCACGCCUUCUUGAACCACGGUGGAGGAGGGGGAGGUGGGGGCAGCAGCGGGGACGAGUACACCAGGCGUUCAGGGGAGUUCAACCGCCGACAGCUGUCCCUCACCGAAACGCAGCACCAGCCCACCGUCCCCAGACAGAACAGCGCCGGCCCACAGCGGAGAAUAGACCAGCCUCCACCUCCGAGCGGUAAUCGCCGCACACCCCCAAAUCUGCUCAGCAGUGGACCCUACCCCCGGCCCUCCUCUGGCAGCAUGAUGACAUCCUCACCCGACUGGCCUGGCAACGGGGCUCGGUUACGGCAGCAGUCCUCAUCCUCUAAAGGCGACAGUCCCGAGACCAAGCAGAGAGCUCAGCACAAACAGGCCCCUUCCCCAGUGAACCCAAGUGCGCUGGACCGCACAGCAGCCUGGCUAUUGAAUAUGAAUGUGCAGUAUUUAGACCAUGAGGGGAUGGAGCCCGAGUCACUGAGAAACAGAGAGGAUCUAACUCAGGUGGAGAAGUACCAGCAGGAGAUCGCAGUGCUGCAGGAGAAGCUGCGGGCGUCGGUGCAGAAGCUGGAGGAGUACGAGGCCCGUCUGAAAGGUCAGGACGAACAGGCCCAGAAGGUGCUGAUGGAGUACCAGGCCCGGCUGGAGGAGUCGGAGGAACGUCUGCGCAGACAGCAGGACGACAAAGAUCUCCAGAUGAAGGGCAUCAUCAGCAGGUUAAUGUCAGUGGAAGAGGAGCUCAAAAAGGAUCAUUCUGACAUGCAGGCAGUGGUGGACUCCAAACAGAAGAUCAUCGACGCACAGGAGAAGCGCAUAGCAUCGCUGGACGCCGCCAACGCCCGUCUGAUGAGCGCUCUGACCCAGCUGAAGGAGCGCUACAGCAUGCAGACCCGCAACGGCAUCUCCCCCACCAAUCCCACCAAACUGCAGAUCACUGAGAACGGAGAAUUUAGGAACAGCAGCAACUGUUAGACAGACUGGCAUCUGCCCCGAGUGAGUGUCGAGUGCCUGAGUGUGUACAGUAAUUCAGUGAGACGAUGUCUACGUGCAUGCACGGAUGCAUGCCUGUUUGAAAGACUGAAAGACUGUGUGCGUGUGCGUGUGCGUGUGUGUGUGUGUGUGUGGGGGAUUUCAAAGCAGACAGUACUUUUGGAAGUCAUUUCCACUUUCUGGAGACUGUGUAGGAGUCGAGGGCGUCGCUCUGAAAGGGCCGGCCAGAAGAGGUGGAACUUUAAAUGUGACGGACAGAUCACCAAGACAACAAGAUCACCAGACGGCCUUCGUUACCAGGGUGACGGCCAGAGGAGGCGGGGCAGAGCUUGUACAUAGAAUACUCAAAGCUGUCGUCAGUCAGACACUUUUCCGGUGGAUGUACGCAGUCGCUGGGACGAUUCAAGCCCCCGCCUGUGCUUGGGAUGAACCACUAUAUAACCACACACGGUGACGACCGCCACACCUGGUCGCCCCUAGCAACCCUCCUCUCUCUCUUUAUCCUGCUCCCUCUCGACGACCAAGUGGACCCACUUCAACCCAACAACACGCAUUGAGGAUUAUCGCUUUAGUUGUCUUGAGAGGAUUACUUUCCAGUGCUUUAUUCUGAAGUCAUUGUUUUUAAAGAACCAAAUAGGAGCUAAAAAAAAAAAGUGAUAUUUUUAGUCCAAAACAAUCUUCUUUAUCUCCCGUUCUAAUCCUGGGUGUGUUCCUGAGAGUCCCGCUGACCCCGCUACCCCCUUCUUCCUCCAUCCCGAUGUAGUGCACUUUGUGAAAAGCUAUUGGUACAUGAAACGCCUUAAGUAAGGAACACACCUCGGCUUUAUCCCACAGCUCCCUCUAUCUCUGCAAAAAAAGGCACAACUUAUACUGUGGAUUUGUAAAGAAUACAGAAAUAAAUUGUACACACUUAAAUGUAUUAUAAACACUAAAGUAAAUGAAUUCUAUGUGAUACUAUAUUAAUGAAAUUUAAUAUAGAUGUAUGCAGUUUUUUUUCUUCUAUAGAGUAUACACACAUAUACCUAUAUUUGAUAAUCUCAAAUAUAAAAAGCAGCCCUUUAUUUAGGAGUGAGAUCUAGUUUUAUUUUUCUUCUCUAGCGAUGAAAGACUGUAGUGUGUAGCUUGCUUUCGAGCCCUGGAGAGGGAGACCCCGCCGAGCAGUGAUCAGCACCUCAGCCAUCUUCGAAUCCAUCGUGCUUUAGCCCUUUAGACAUAGUAAGCGCCACAUAUGAGAGAAACGUCUGCGUGGUUUGCACAGUCAAAUGUGAUCGGUUUCUUCUUCUGGUGCUCAUCACUGCUCUCAGAGACACGGAUCACUCAAACCCAGAUCUGGAUUUCGGUUGGAUCAUGAGUUCUAUUCGUGCGGUCUUUUUAUUUCUCUAGUUGCACAAAAGCUAUUGAGAGACGUGUUUAGAGGCACUCGCUCAUACUAUACACUGGACCGGUGAGCCGUUUGCUACGAUGGCCUCCUUAGUUACAACAUUUUCUCUCUAACUGCUUUAUUUGUCCGUGGUAAUGAAGUAUGCUGCAUCCAAACUGUGACUCUAUUGAUCCUAGUGGCAUCAUCUCUUCCUCUCUCCCCUCUUCCGUCUCGUUUUCACCUCCCCCCUCCUUCAUCCCUCGUUCUUCUGAAUGUGAAGAUGCUAAGUCACAGUUGGUCUUAACAUGGGGUUUGCUCCUUCUAACCUCUCCCCCCCCGUCGUCGCUCCAUUACCAUCUUAGCAUCUGUAUUUUGUAUAUUUUUGUAUUCAUUUUUCUUACCUAUAACAAACUAUAUACAUCAAGCGUGAGGCUCUGCAUGCUUCAUCCUUGCUCUAGAGCCAAUGGUAGCGUCAGUAUCACCGUUUGUUUUCUUUGUUUGCCAGUUGGACAGUGAUGAUGAUGACGAUGAAUAGCUUGCUGCAGACAUGACAUGAAUAUAUGCUGAGUGUAUCAAGAGGCUGGACAGCCUGGGAAAGUGUAAAUAAAAUGCUCACACUAUUUUUACCUAAUGUUAUCAGAGCUUUUUGUAAAUGUAUCUUGUGCUCAAACUCUGCUGUAUCAUUAUGGAUAUUGUAAAUAUGAAAUAGCUCAGUCAUCUGUCCUCAUUGGUUAGAACUAUACAAUUAAAUUAACCUUUCAGUGUUCUCUCUGUUAAAGCUAUUGUUUUGUAUUUAGAGUGGAAUAUCACUAGCCAAAAAACUGAUUAAGUAGGAGUCUGACUCUUGGGAUGUAUGCCUCCUGGGUUUCAGGCCAAGCUGAGUCCAGUCUCGAUGAGAUUCACAAGCACAAUCCUGUAUUUCUCAUCAGUCUAGCUCUAUGCACUUUUACGUUCAGUGCUUGGUGUUUAUAACUAGCUUUUUCUUUUUCUUUUUUUUUUUUUUUAACUCGGCACCUGUUUCUGGUGUUUAAAACCGUGGCAAAGUUUAAAACCGAGAAGCGGCAUUUUUGUAACGACUCAAUCUCAAACCUUUAUAUCAAAUUAAGAGAACGAUUUAGCUUUUUUCCAGACAGAAAUCACCUCAGACUAGCAAAUCCUGUGCUUGCAAAACAAAUUACAGGAAUUAUCAUAUCUUGUCAGGCAUCCAGCCCUAAAACUGUAGUGUGCAACUGCACAAACGAAAGCAAGACUAUGUUACUGUUAAUAGAUGAAACUACACAUUUCUCAUCUUACACAAUUUAAUUAGCAAUAAAACACACAGACUCUUAAUUUAACUCACUCAGAGGUUUUUCUGCUAACGUACAGCCUUAAUUUACUUCUACUGUUUUGACCAGUAGCUUGUGGUGGUUAAUAUUACCCAGCGUUUGCAAAUUUUAGCUAACUGCAGGUUUCUGCUGUACUUGUGGUGCUGUUACAAUAACUUAGCAUUUAAGCUAAAUGCUCAACUACUGUUUAACUGGCAACUGAAGCUGUUUUAAUUAGCGUGUGCCCUUCAUGUAUUUGCAUACAUUCAGGUCACAGAGAAAACUAAAGUUUUCUCUCAAAGAUGAGUUAUUGCGAAACAAGUCUUUGUUUAGCGUGCCGCUAAACAUUUUUCUGUUUAGUAUUUCCCUAGACUGCUAAUCUUAUAGUAAGCAAAUGUUUGCAAAAACUUUGGCCAGUUUUACAGUAAAAGUCACAAUACUAAUUGCAUUUAUUGACUUAAUGGCCCUUCUCCACUUGUGUUAUUUUUCAAACAGCUUUUCAGCUAAAUGCUAAUUAGUAAUUUAGCAUUUAUGCUAGUUAAAUAGUAUAACAUCUUGAUGAUCUGAGCCUUUAUUGUUUAGCAUGUAAACACUAAACUUCAAAUACGUUUAACAUAUGGAAAUUGCAUUGAUUCAUUUCAUUGACUUUAUGACCCUUACAUGCUUAGCUAAAUGUUUAUGUAUUGUUUAGCUAGGCAAAAGUUAAACUAGCGUCUGAAAUUUUAUGGAGCUAAAAUGUUACUGACAUUAUGAGCUUGCAAAAACCCAUAAGCUUCUUGUUUGUAUCAUACUAAACAGUACACAUAUAGCUAAACUGGAUUUUUUUUUACCACUAAUGUUAGCAAAGCAAAUUAAAGUUUGCUGUUCAAAGUAUACUGAUUCAGGUCACUCUGACUCUUACCCCAUAACUUAGCAAUUGAGCUAAAAUACGAGGCAAUUUUUUAAUUAAGUAAGUGCUAACCUAGGUAUGUUUAGAUGAACAGUAUGAAAUUUGAAGCCAAUAUUUCAAACUCAGAUGUUUACUGUUUAGCAUGCAGCUGAACAUUCAGCUAUUUAGCAUGUGCCUAUCUGGUUUUGGUUUCCUAGGGUUAAAGCUAAUCUUAGCAAAUUUGGGGUAAAAAAAAUGUUACAAGGGGUACAUUAAUUCAAUUCACCGACUUUAUAACUCUGAAUUCAUAUCUUAGCUCUUUAGCUAAAUGCUAAACUAUUGCUACACAGUAAUUUAACAUAAAACUGUGGCUGCUGAUCAGCAAAGGUUACAUAGUCUUGCUUUAAACUACAAAAACAAGCUUUUUUUUACUCAUACAAGGCUGUCACAUAUGUCUUAUCUACACAGACUGAAGCAAAAAGGCACACCGAUGUUUAGUAUCCAAUUUGGCUUCUCAGCUAUCACUUCAUUUAUCCCAGCCAUGAUCCCACCUCAGCUCUAACUUUAUGAAUCAGAAAACCAUGAGUUCACUCUCGACACAGUUCGGCCGCUCCGAGAAAAGACUAAUCAAAAAUAUAAAGCUAUAAAUAAAGCAAAAGAUGUUGUAUGUUUUCUAUUAUCUUGUAGAAAAUACUUUUGUAAGUAUGUUGAAAGUAUAAAGUAUUUGCUGGAUUCUGCUUCCUUUGACGACAGUGACAAAACAAUAAUGUACAGAGGAAUUUGUGUUGACAAAAUGUGGCUGUGCAAUUUAUGUACAUUUGCAACUAGACCUAUUAAAGUUUUAUUUAGCUAUUUUAAAAAA